GUAUCGGAACACAACUGGGGAUGGCAUGAGCACGAUUUCAUUGGAGUUUACGAAAGACUCACGAAAAAGCACCAUGCUUCGCUAGUUUUCAGUGCCCGUCAUGAGGCUAUUGCUGUCAUCAUGGACAAUCGGCCACCACCAAGUGAGGAGAAACGCGCCAAUCAAGUCUUCUUCUUGAUAGAUCCGCGAGCGCAUAGACAGGAUCCAAGAAAGUUCAAGAGUAUUGGAGAAGUGAAGCGGUACUAUGGAGAUCAAGUGGAAUCAGCGCUAAGAGAAAUACAAGAAGUCGGCGAGACGGUAAGGAGUCUUCUGGUGUAUUACGAGGCCGGAAGACUGCAACGAAGAGCAUGGGCAGAAAAGAUGCAAUCAAGGCGAAUGCGUCACUUCUUCGAGGACGAGUUCUCGGAUGGUUGGUACCAACCAAUAAUUCACGAUCUCGAACACUCACUCCACAAGGCAAUUGUGGACCUCGAAAGAGAUUAUUGGCCCAAGUUCAAAGCUUAUAUGGAAAACGGUACAGCCAUUAGGACAACUACUCUGCUGUUUUUCGACGAUGUUUCGCGAGAAAACGAAAAGAGGCUGGAAAAAUUCGUCAUUGACAUGCAUAACUGUACAGUUGGCGAGAUUAAGACUGCCUCUCGCGAGAUGUUGAAGGAUUUCAAACGGCUUUACCGUGAAUUACAGGUGAGUAAAAUUUCUGCUGGUCCUAGUCGUCCUAUUCGAAUCUGUUCAAGAAAGAGCUACCAGAUUACUUGGAGAAUUUCGAAUUCGGAACGAAAUUCGUUAGAGAGAAUUUUCGCCAUGGUAAACGUGUUUCUUCAACAAAUGCAUCUAGAGUACUGGAGACAAAGUAAAACAUAUGGUUUCUGGAGUCUUGCUUGCGAUAUUGGCGGUGCUCUUGGUCUCUUCCUUGGUGCAAGUAUGCUGACUAUUAUCGAACUAGUGUACAUAUGUUAUCGAUAUAAAAUGUGCGGAAAGGUUUACAAGAAAACCGAUAAAAACAUAAAGAGAUGUUGGGAAGGUGGUCGUCAAUGUAUGCAGCCGUGUGCGAAAUGCUGCGAAUCAUUCUCAGAGAAGACUAGUCACGUUAGUUCAGACUUCGAUAGCAUGAUGAAUCCGAUGGAGGAACGGCAAAAAUCAUCAUGGCUAAGCCCGCUUCUGGAUUAUCCGUCGGCAUACGCUUCACCAAAUCCACCCACAGAUUUGGAGGAAUACUUAGACGCUAGCGAUGUACAGCCUCCCAGAUAUGAGGACACAUUUGCUAUGAGUGACUCAACGCCUAGUAUUCCCAGCAAAGACAAUUCCCGUAGUCCAUUAGAAAGGAGUCGCAAAGGGUCUCGACUUUCUGGUAUCCCCGAAGAAGAUAGCGGUGUGGGAUCAGAAAAUGGAGAUCCAUUGGGCAGAAGUCGACUGAAACUGCCUCCACCACCUCCCCGUCCUGCAGUACAACAAGGAGAUCCCUGGAGUCCGCCCCAGUCUCGUACUCGACCAGCCCCCACUGAAGACAAACGAACAAGCGCUGGUGUUCCGCUACUUGAGGUAGGGUCUAUUUGA